UCGCUCUGAUUAGCAUCUCUGAUGGCUUACUUCUCAUGAGGUCGACCAACCAUCAACCAAAGGAGUACUAGUACUUCCGAGGUGGGUCCAUGGGAUCCUCGUCUCCUUUCCCCAGUCACCGUUGCCGAUGAAUCUGAGGCUGUCUUGUCUAUUGGUGUCGUUGGUUUUACGAUAUAUAGAUGGAUUCUCCCUCUUGAAAACUGGCACGUCUCACACGACAGUAAACCCCCUUCCAUCCGACAUAAGCACUGUUUUUGUUGGUGGUCUCAAAAAACCAUUGAAUCAGGAAGCAUUGCGUCAAAGCUUGGAGAGGGACUAUGGAAAAGUGUCCCAGAUAACGGUGGUAAAAGAGGAUUCCUCAAACCCGUACGCUUUUGUUACCUUUGAUCGCUGCGAAGACGCUCAAACCGCCAUUGAACACCGCACGAACACCCCAUUGUUGUAUCAAAACAUCAAACCUUCCACCGGCAACAAUAAUCAUGAUGAUGGAACGGAAAACUCCAAGCUUCAAAAGAAACUUGGCCCAGGUGGAGUGGAGAAGGCUCGUGAAUUUGAGCGCCGUCUAGCCUUGGCACGUUCGACGACGGUUGUACUACAAGUUCACCGAUCACACGACGAGAGAAUUUGUGAGUUCCUUGCAGAUACGGGCGGUCCUGACACUGCAGCAUUGCCUCCCAGUGUUGCUCCUACGAAUCUAUCAGUCCAAAUAGUCCGCGAUCCAUCCUCUGCUGUGUCACUUUUGCUGCUGGAGGGCAUAUCCAUCCAUCAAAUUGUGGAUUGGCUCGAUUACAAGCUGUCGUUUCCCCUGACAGGCCUGAAUAAGGUAUACUCGGUGGACCCCGAUUGCGUCCUAAGUGGUGGGGUCUCGGAUAUCCUCCAGCAUUGGACAAACAUAGUCCUCAAUCUGGUAAACGCGAGCGACCAGGACACUGACGACAAAGAGCCCAUCUUGCGCAUGGAAGUUUUCCCUCCGACACUACAGACCGAAGUUUUAGCCGAGCUCCAAAGAGAUGCUGCUCGAAACGCCAAAAAGUACAGCUCUUUGUGCUCCAGGUUGUCACCAACACAAUAUACGCAUUCUCUAACAGCUGUGCAGCUGUGGAGCCGUGAUGAUUGCGUCGACGGACGGGGUGGACUUUAUUUGACAGGGUUGUCCGAAAAGAGUGAUUCUAGAACGGACCAACAACGGAAACGUGACAGUGGCAAUCCCAUGCAAGCAGUUGACCAUGAAAUCUGCAGAGCCUAUUACAAGUUGCAAGAAGCUUUCUAUCGAUAUAGCCGCAAGUAUUUGCUCCCAACAGGCAGCGGGAAGAUUGCAAUUGACUGCGGUGCAGCACCUGGAGGAUGGACACAGUACUUGUUGGACAACGAUUCCCACUCCACUUUGUCCUGCUCCAAAAUCUACAGCAUUGAUCCAGGGAGGCUGGAUCCUAGUCUUCUCUCACAUCCAGCAGUGAGGCACUUACCCAUUAAAGUGGAAGACGCGCUCUCAUUGAUGGAGUUGCCUCGUAGUGGCGUUGACAUUUGGGUUUCAGACAUGUGCUUGCAUCAGAUCGAACAUCAAGUGGACAUCCUACUGGACGCCAUUGAUCUUGGAGUCGUUCGGUCCGAUACAUUUUUCGUCAUUACGCUGAAAUGCAACAAGGGCCAUUCAAAGUCGUCAUUUGAUCGGCAAGUUGCCGAGCAAAUAUUACGCCUCAAAAGCUGUACCAGAGACUUGCUAGUAAUACACCUCUUGUCCAAUCGUAGCGGAGAACGUACAGUGAUGGGAUAUGUCGGUUAA